CUAAAUCAUAAACACAUACACUUCUUACACAUGUACAGAAGCUGGAAAUGUAGAACAUGCUCUCCAGACCUAUUUGAGAGUGUCAGAGGUUAUUGGAAAAACAAAGAUGACUUGUGAGUGGUGUGAAAAGGUUUAGAGAUUCAAAUGUCAAAGACAAGUCAAGGCCAUAGAAACCAUGCAUUUCAACCUGACCAAUGAAAGCUGCCAAAUCCCUUUGGCAAAUGACAGAGUUGGUCUGACCUUCAUCUACAGCCUUGCCUUCUCUCUGGGACUCCCAGCCAACCUGCUCUCCCUUUGGGGACUGUACCAGCUAGGCCUUUCUGGUGUGGGUGGCUGCCAGCUUGUUUAUAUCCUGAACUUACUGCUUUCAGAUCUUCUCCAGCUACUUACCUUGCCUCUUUGGAUCCUUUACCUGCAGGGAGACCACCGCUGGCCUUACGGGUCUGUGACAUGCCAGUUAGUGGGCUAUGCCUUCUACGUUAACCUCUAUGCAAGCGUCAUCUUUCUUUGUCUCAUUGCUCUGGAUCGCUGUCUCGCAAUUGUGUACCCUCUAAGCAGUCGUGGUGUACGGAAGGUGCGAGUAGCAGCAUUCUCUGGUGUUGUAGUCUGGACUUUGAUAUUCCUUUUCUGUCUGACUGGCCUCUAUCCAUCCGUGUUUGAGCCCCAGAGAGAACUGUGUCUUGAGCAGUAUCCCAUAAGCACCAGAUAUGCUUAUUUUAAGAUUGCCACAGUCGCUUUAGGGUUUCUGAUUCCCUGCUCUAUACUAGGGUACACCUCAGCCCGAAUCGGGAGUACUCUACGAAACUCCCCAUCUGUCUCUGAUCAUGAAUGCCGCAGAAUUGUGGCAACCCUGAUCGUCAUAACGGUCAACUUCAUUGUCAUUUUUGGUCCCUAUCAUCUCGUGGGCGGCUACAGAUUUGUCAAGCUUCUUCUCACAGAAAGUGAAAAAGACCAGUGUUCUGUGGAACUUUCCCUCUACCUUUACUAUCGGAUCUGCUAUGGUCUCACCAGCCUCAACACCCUUCUAGACCCUCUUCUUUACAUCUUUCUUUGCAAUGAUGCUCGCCAGGAGCUUCGCAAAUCUCUUUUUUGCCCCUGCACGGGUCAUAGGGUGCACUAGGGAUCACGCGUCGCAACUUUUCCUGAAGGCCUGAUCAACCGCAGCGCUAAUGUUUAGCUGUCUUGUGCAGAUGCUAAUCAGAAAUGGAUUUUUCUAUAAAAAAUGCAUGUUUUUUUUUUUUUUUUUUUUCACACACAUGAUGUGAAAAUGUCUUAUCAGAUUGAGCUUUGACAAACUGCCUGUCGGCACUGUGAUGACAUCAGUGGAGUCAUUAAGACAUGGCUUGUAUGAGAUAUCGGCACAUUCACUGGAUCACUUACUCUAGGAACUACAUGUGCCAGAGCUCUGCCAGCAGCAUCUUCAGUUGAGUGUUCAGAUUCCCAGGGAGCUAAAGGAGACACAAAUCAACAUGGAAUACAUAUUUCACCAAAUAUAUACAAAUUAUGUCAUUAUUUUCUCACCCUUAUGUUGUUCCAAACCCAUAUAAGUUUCUGACAGGUCACAAUAUUUGAUUUGUGUUUUCUUUACAGGAGCUGAUUUCAGUCUGUUCAUCAUACAAAGUGAUUGCAUGCGUUCAAAUGUCUUUAAAUAUGAUGAAUCGCAUGGACUACUUUUAUGACUCUAUUGGGAGCUUUUUUAAGCUUUGAAGUGAGUCACUAUAGACUGAUUUUUUAUUAAACUCAGCAAACGGAACAUCUUUUAAAAUACGUCCUUUUGUGUUCCACAGAAGAAAUAAAGUCAUAUGGGUUUGGAAUGAUAUGAGGUUGAGUAAAUAAUUUACAUUUUUGGGUGAACUGUUCCUUUUAAUAUAAUUUAAUGUUUUGUCAGACCACAGUAAAAAUCUGUUCUGCACUCUGUUUACUCUGUUUUGUUUUGAUAGAAACAAAUGUUUCAACAGUGAUAAAAGUGAGAAUUAAGAGUAUAGACCCCUAUACUCUUUUAUAUAAAAGGAUUUAUAUAAAAGUAUAAAUCCUGGGCCAUGGCUGGUCAGAAAUCAGAGCAAAGGUCAACUUGAGUUACAGGAUUUCCAAAUCAAGGGUAAAUCACUUACUGGAGGAUAUAUGCAAAGGUAGGCCAAUGCGUGCUGUCAGAUCAAAGUUUGAUCAGGCAACAGCAACUUUUUUGUUUGGACAUUGUAAUUGUAACAUAGCAAAAUAUGGACUCCAUGUGCCUGCUCUUAGCUUGACCACUAGAGGCCAGUGUGUUCACCUUGGCAAGAAACUGGGAAUGUUCUCAAACUCCAUUACUGCUUAUACAACAAUAGAUGCUUCAGACAGUAGUAUGCUACUUAUAUUGUUGUCACAUGACCUCAUUAAAUGCAUGCUUAAUUACACUAGUGGCAUGAAUUUAUCAUCUCAGAAAUAAAAAUGGUCAAUUUUAAUCCAAUUUUGUGAAAAAUGCCUAAAAAUGUGUAAACCUGCCUAACAAUCAAUGUUCAUAUCAGACAUUUUGCAUUGUACAAUAACACACACAGUGUGCUCUUGUUAUAUCCUGCACAUAUUGACAAAUGUAGUUAGUCAUCCAGGUAUUCUAUACAUACAGAAAAUUCACAUACUGCACAUAUAUGCUUCAGAAAUAGUAAUAGUAUGGUAGUAUUCUAAAAUAUAACUGCACAACUCAAAAUAAUGCACAACUUUUCAAGGUACAUUUUCAUCACAAAGGAGAACAAACAAAAAUAGUGUCACCAAUUACCAACAAGUGGAAGCAAUUAAAUCACAAUAGAUGUUUCUGAUUGGCUAACAAGCAUGUCAUGUUUUUUAACACACAUUUAAAACUGUGACAACAGCCAGAUCAUGAAAAGAGAACAAUCUCGUUACACAUCACAACAGAAUCACAAUUUACAUCUAUACAGACCACAAAUGCCCAAGAAACUCUUAAACAUCAAUUCAAGAAAUAUAACAAAUAACAAUACAUUCAAUUUUCACAAUUAUAAAUAACAAUUUAAAACAUAUUGCAUAAUCCACAUGAGCAUGAUUGCUGCUGUAGGCUAUUCUUGCAGCCUCGUGUCUUGGCCGAAUCACUGCUGUGCUGAUACUGAAUACGACAACGAUCUUGCUCGUGUCAUAUAUUUAAAUCAGUUACAGUCAUUUUUUGGUACUCCUUCUGGCUUUUACACCUUGUUGCAUUGUGCUUCAUAUGACAGUUUUUUUCUCCAUGUUUUAGCUUGUCUAUUUGUUUUAUCUCUAAGUGACUUUUUCAUUAAAAAGGAUACAACAAUGUGCCAUCAACAUCAAUUACAAGGCUUUUCAAACUACACAUCACAAUUACUAAAACACAUCAUGUUUUCACUGUAGUAACAAUAGCUGGUAUUGUAACAGAAAUUGUAUAGUUUUAUAUGAAAUCUAUAAGGAGCAAUAAAAGA